UGUAUCUUAAUUAUAUAAUUAAUUUGUGCUUAUAUAGUUCAAAUUUGAAUAACAAUAUUUCUAUUGAAUGUACAAUUUUAAUUAAAUUAAUAAAAUACCACAAAUUUAAAAAUGUCUGACAUAAAUGAUAAUAAAGAUGAUAUUUCAUCCAGCAAUAUUGUUAAUGAAAAUUCACAUUCAAAAAUUAAUACUACAGAUAAGAAUACUACUAACCAGUUCCAAGAAUCUUUAACUCUUUCUCUUUUACAACAAAAUAUUAGUGAAGUGAAUUUGGAAGAAUCUCAAUCUAAAUGUUUAAGAACUGCAGGUGAACAACUUAAACAACACUUAAAUAGUAGUUCUGGAUUUUCUAAUUUUGAUGAAUAUAAUUCUCAUAUUGUACCACCAAGAAAAAUAUUGGGAAAUAUUCAACAUAACAUCAUUCCAUCACCUAUAGAUAACACUGAACCAUCAUUAACUAGUAAUGUUAUAAACAACCAAAAUUAUUCGACAGUUACGGAAACAUCUAAUGUGGUUUUAAAUAAACCAUUUAAAACCAUGAGUGCUCCAGAAAAUAUAUCUACAUCACAAACAGAAGAUUUAUUACUAUAUACUUAUGAACCUAUAAAAUGGCAUUGGUUCUAUUGCAAGUAUGCUGUUAAAAAUAAAUGGGUUCCAUUUAGUCAAAAAGAUUCUGAUGCAAUCGAAAAAGCUUUUAUUUUAAAUGAUCAAUGUAAUGAAUCAGUUAUAGCAACAGAUGGUAGUCGAUUUGAUGUUUACUUAAAUCAAAGAAUUCGUAAACCAGUUUAUUGGUCUGAUAAUACAACUAAUGUACGACGUUGUUCUUGGUUCCUUCGUAAUAGCAAUGGAUCUAAUUUUAUUCCUUACGAUGAAGUCACAGCUACUCUUUUAGAGGAAGAAUACAAAAUAGCUUGGGAAAGUAAUGAAUGGGGACGUAGAGUUCCAGUUGGUAAUUACGAAGAAGUAGUUUUUCAUAGUCCUACAGCUAUAAUCCAUAAUGGAGUAUCUAUAACACUUUUAAACAAUAGCGAAGAAACUCAAAGUUAUCAAAUGGAUCAAGCAGCAAAUAUAUCUUCAUUAAAACAAUGCAUAGUCAAACGAGGGUUUGAAGAAUUUGUUAUUCCUAGUGAUGAACCAUCAAAAGUAGAUCAUUUAUUAUUUAUUGUACACGGAAUUGGGUCAUACUGUGAUUUAAAAAUGAGACCAAUUUAUGAAGUUGUGGACGAUUUUCGAAGUUUAGCUCUUCAGUUAACACAAUCACAUUUUAAAACAUCGUGCCAAUCAGAAAAAAUUGGUAGAAUUGAAGUAUUACCAGUUUCAUGGCAUUUAGCUCUGCAUAGUGAAGAUAUUGAUUGUAAGCUUAAAAGAAUCACAUUGCCAUCAAUUCCACGUCUCAGGAACUUUAGCAAUGACACUAUAUUGGAUGUUUUGUUUUAUACAAGUCCCACAUUUUGUCAAACUAUAAUAAAUGCUGUUGGAAAUGAAAUGAAUCGAAUGUAUAGUCAGUAUCUAUUAAGAAAUCCAAAUUUUAACGGACAUGUUUCAAUAGGUGGUCAUAGUCUUGGAUCUUUAAUUUCAUUUGAUUUACUUUGUAAUCAGCAACCACCAAGUCCAACAAAACAAACUGAGUCAUCAGUGGCAUCGGUUGUUCAAGAGCAAAAAGCUAAAUUAAGCCGUGGUGCAUCAUAUGUAACAUUAGGGAAAGCGGGUACUGGACAACCGUAUAUCACAUAUCCACAGCUAAAAUUCCAACUUGAUUACUUUUUUGGUUUUGGCUCACCUAUUGGUAUGUUUGUAACAGUACGAGGUAUUGAAAGUUUAGGAGAAAAUUUUAAGUUUCCAACUUGUCCAGGAUUUCUUAAUAUUUUUCAUCCGUAUGACCCAGUAGCCUACCGUAUUGAACCAUUAAUUAAUACGGCUUUUGAAAAUAUACCUCCUUUCCAAGUACCACAUCACAAAGGGCGCAAAAGGAUGCAUUUAGAACUAAAAGAUACUAUGGCACAUGUGGGAGCUGCUUUAAAAACACAUCUUGUAAAUUCUGUAAAAAAUACGUGGAAUACAGUUUAUCAAUUGGCUAUGUUUUCUAAAGCAACUUCAGGUCGUUCAAUAGAAUAUGACUCUAGGAUAAAAUUAGAUCAGAAAUCACAAACUCAACAAGCAGAUUCUACAAGUAACUCAAAGGCAUUUCAAAGAACUUCUGAAUACCUUAACAUUAAACCCGGUAUUCUUAAUAAAGGAAAUAGAGUAGAUUGUGUUUUACAAGAAGCACCAAUUGAAAGUUUCAAUGAAUACUUAUUUGCUGUAGGCAGUCACUUAUGUUAUUGGGAAUCCGAAGACACUAUUUUGUUAGUCUUAAAGGAAAUUUAUUCAAUACAGGGAGUAUCGCCUGAUAAUCAAAUUCAACAUGCAAUACUACCAUUUGACAUUCACGAUAGUGACAAUUCUGAUUAUCCAACUAGUAUGCAAUUCGAGGAACCACCAGGAUUUAACAUGUCUUUUGGAUCAUUAUCAUCACUUUAUGAUGAUAAGUGUUAAGUAUAAUAGUUAUUGGAAAUAACUUACAAAAUAAUUUUAGGAAUGUUAUAUUUUAUGUAAAAAUUAGAUUAAUUGAAAGGUGUUUUCUUUACUGUGAUAUUUAAUAUUUAUUAGUUUAUUGUGUUUAUUUAAAAUAGAUGACAAUAUUAAAAAUGUAUUAACAUGUUCAAUAAAAAUAAAAAUAAAUAAUUGUAGAGUUUUA